AUUUCUAUCAAAAUUUCAGAGUUAUCUGACGAAACUUUGAAAUCGGUAAAUAAUGAAUGCUCUGACCGUCAAUUAGUAGUCGUCAGGUCAAUAUGCCUCGCAAAAAAACAACUGCGCCCGCUCGGCUGACGGAAGAGGAGCAACAAUCCUCAACAUGGCGCAUGGGCGAGCAGCCGCAAGCCAAUGACGGUUCGCCAAAUAACCUAGAAACCGUGGAACAAAGGGAGUACAGCGUAGUAUUUGAUGAUGAUGAAGAUGAAGAUUAUGCUACUCCAGAGGAUGAUGAUUAUGCUCCUCCUGUGCAUAAAAAGCGCGUGGCAAAACAACUGACUUCAAGGAAAAAGAAGGAGAAAGUUGUUCCCAAGGUUAAAGAGAAGGAUCAUGUCCUGGAAUCCUUACUAGAGACAAGUACAUUCUUCGCAGAGGUGCGAGAAAAGUUGGUAGGACAGGAUGAGUUUGAAUCCUCAGUUUUCAAGCUUGACAUCUUUAUUGAUCUAGACAGAACCGGUUUGAAGGAAACGGAGCUGCUUUCUUUACCCACCCAAAACAAGUUCUGGAUUUAUCUAUCAGAUAUUCCAGGACGAUCGUUUAUCUACUACGAAUGGUUCGACCAGGGAUGCGAAGAGUCGGAUAAACAGUUUGAGCAGAGGAAACGUAAAGGGACGGAUCCUGAUAAUAGCAAAUAUUUUUAUAUUAAGGAUAUACAGGAUCGGAGAAUACUCAACGCGUUCAGCGUAAAACAGAAGGUUUUCAAACUCAAGCUUCACAGAAUAUACGAGAUGUUGGGACGGUUAGAGAUCAAGGUUUGUGUGACAGAGGACAGUUUAGUGAAACUAUCGCAUCCUUCCGAUUCUUUACUCCGGGUUCCUUCUGAGGUUAGACAGGCUUUACAGUUCUGCUUCAACACGGAAACUUUCAAGUAUUUCGGGGAGAAGAAUCUUAAUCAUGAUAUUGAUCAACUAUAUCGUAUUGUUAAACAGCACCAUGAUCAGGAGAAGGAGGAGAGAGUUAAACGAGUUCAGGUGAAUCUUGUUUUAAGUAUUAUCCCCCAACCAUGGAUGCUUGAGAAGGAGAACUACGCCAGGAAUCUAGAUGAUGAACUCCAAGACGAGGUUGAGGACCUUCAUCCGCUCUACACGGAGGUCAUAACACACGACGGGACUGUUCUCUACUUUAAUAAAUUCGGAGGUUAUCUGGUGCGAGAAAAACCUCUGGCAAGGGAAUCUCUACCUGGGGGAAUACUGGCGGAUGAAAUGGGAUUGGGAAAAACUGUCGAGGUCCUGGCUUGUAUGCUCAAUAAUCCACGACGUCAGGUCGAGAAGCCUAAGUAUUUGGAGCCGAUAUUCACAGCAAGUAAAAAAAAGAGAAGAAAAAGAAGAUGUCGUAGUCCUUCUCCCAUAGAGUUUCAUUUAAAGGAGAACCCUGACGUCAGCAGAUUAAACUCAGAUAUUUUAAAACCGUCAGUAGAGAGGUCAGAGACUGAGAAUAUCGAGGAGGAUUCACCUCUUCAAAGCAGUACAACGCCUCUCAGGGCUAAAAAAAUUAUACCGCAUGGGAUAGAAGAAGACACUGAAACGUCUAUACGACAUGCGGUCGGAGAAGACACUGAAUCGCCUGUACCGCAUGCGGUUGGAGAAGAUACUGAAUUGUUUGUACCACACGCGGUUGGAGAAGACGCUACAUCCUCAAUAUCACGUGCAGUGGGUGGAUAUGCAGGAUCUUCAAUACCGCAGUUUGAUGGAGGAGACACAUCAACUUCGUCAGAAGAAUUUGUCGAUGAUGCAAAUGACUCUGAUUUUGUACCUGAAUCACAUCCUAAGUCAAGAAGACCAGAUAAAAGUGAACGCAGUGCUAGGAAAUCUCUAAGUCGUAAGUUCUCUGAUCGACGGACUGUUUAUUAUCACGAGGAGUUUGACUCUCAGUCCUCGGACAACGAUGAUGUACCUCUGGCCUCCAGAAAGAAAAGAUCAGUCAACAGAAAGAAAUCCAAAGAUAAAGAACCUCCGAAAAAGAAAGCUAAGACUAUAAAUACUUCAGUACCUGUCUCCGACACUCUGUAUCCUGUAUUUGAACCCUUUAAGAAUGGCGAGAAGCCGGAGAAAGGUUCUAAAAACAUACAUGACCUUUUAGUUAAAUCCCUGGUAGACCUUAGAGAAGAUCGUAAAAAUAGGAAUGGUGUAUCUGUGAUACAACUGAAGAAUCACAUGAAGAGGGUUUAUGAUAAAGAUGUUACACAGAAGAAUAUGAAGGAGAAGUUUGUUCAAUCAAUUAAUCACGGAGUUGAGACUGGACAACUUAUCCGAACAUCACUGGGAAGCGGGGCUACAGGUUCAAUAGCAUUAAACCCUCACUAUGAUCCUGAUGAUACAAGGAGUGUAGUGGGUUCAAAUAAUCAAUCAAUCAGUUCUGAUAUCAUUGAUCAUGUAAUCACUCAAGUGUGCUACGAUGGGGUUCCAUACUCUAAACCUCAUAUUCCCACCAGGUUUGCAAGCGUAAUAAAAGAAAAGGAAGAUGCAAGAGCGGCAAAUAAGACUAGUCACAAGGGGGAACUUUAUGAUAAACUGAAGGUUAUGUAUGAUAUGUCUAUGCCUAUGAGUCUUGCAUCCUAUGCAACAGACAAGCGGAGUAAAGAAUGGAGAAAAUCAUUCUUCAGUGAAAAGGUUGAGCCUCGAAGUUACUUUGAAUGUAUAUGCGGAGGAACUGACGAAUCAGAAGGGAAGCCUGGAUACAGGGUUCAGUGCAAAGAUUGUGGAACUGAGCAGCAUGCUGAUUGUAUGAAAUAUAAUCUAGAAGAUCCCUACAGGGGUGAAUAUGUCUGCCCUCAUUGCUGGGUUCAAGCUGGGAAAGUUCCCUCCGGGGCCACCUUGAUUGUUUCCCCCUCCGCCAUCAGCUUCCAGUGGAUAGAGGAGAUACAGAAGCACGUCAAGCACAAGGAGAUUAGGAUGUUCUACUACAAGGGGUCCAAGGAGAUGGGGUACAUUCAACCCAGAACCUUAGCUACCUACGAUAUUGUGAUAACCUCGUAUGAAACCCUGGCCCAGGAGACCAACUAUGUGGAUUUACCGCACUCUAACAGUUCCGAGGGGAGACGGUUUAGGAAUCCUAAACGGUUUAUGGCAAUGCCAUCUCCAAUCACCUGUAUUGACUGGUGGAGAAUAUGUUUAGAUGAAGCGCAGAUGAUAGAAUCUACUACGACUAAAACAGCUGAGAUGGCUAAACGGUUAUCAGGUGUGAACAAGUGGUGUGUAACUGGAACUCCGAUUGGGAAAUCAAUUAAUGAUUUACAGGGAUUAUUGGCCUUUCUGCGGAUAGAUCCCUAUAUGUUGGAUGUUUGGUGGAAACUAUGUAUUUACGAUCCAUUCUGCUACGGAAUACAGGCCCCUAUGGAAGAAUUGUUAUGUAAAAUUCUAUGGAGAACCUGCAAAAAAGAUGUUCUGGAACAAAUUGAUUUACAAGGACAAAGAGAAGAGGUUCACUGGCUUCAAUUCUCCCCAGUAGAAGAACAUUUUUAUAGGAGACAACAUAUAGAUAUCACCAGGGAUAUUAUAGGGAGAUUAGCCAGGUUUGAUGGAUCCUUGAAACUAUCCACACUGGACCGGGGUAAUCUAUCCUACCUUCUUCAACCUUUACUGAGACUUAGGCAAAGUUGCUGUCAUCCCCAGGCUGUUCGUGGACAAUUCAUGGCGCUACAGAAGACUACGAUGACCAUGGAGCAGUUGCUGGAACAGUUGAUAAAGAAAGCUACUCUCGAAACUGAAGAGUCGCACAGACAGUACGUUGCUGCUCUGAACGGCCUGGCAGGUGUUGAUAUCAUCCAGGAAAAGUUUGUAGAUGCGGUUGAAAACUACAGAGAAGUACUUAGAUCUGCUUCUGAGCAUGAGGGACAGAUAAAGACGGAUACAUUACAGCGUCUUCAUACAGUUUCUAACCUAGCAGAGCUCAUAGAGGCAAAUCAUGCUGAUAUACAGCCAACUCUUAGGGACUCUGAGCUCAGAGAUAUGAUGAAGGCUUUGAAGGAAAGAUACAUGAAGAAAUAUUUAGUAGGAGUUGAAGGAGCCAAGGCUGCGCUUAAACCUGUAGACCAGCUGGUUCAAGAGGGAUAUGCUACUCAAUCAAAGAGAGAUGCUUGGUACCAGAAAGUUAUUAACUGGGUUGACAGCUCCCAGCAGGAGAAUAUUCUCAUGAAACAAGUUCAUGAUGAACUAGCUCAGUUUUUUGAUAUUGCUGAUGAGAAGGAGUUAAGAGAAAUACAGGCAAAAUAUCCAAACACUAGAAUCGUGAUGUACAAGAUGAGUGAGAAGUUGGAAGAGAUUGAUAAGAUGCGGAAGCUGAUGAAGAAGAGUAUGAAGGAGUUGGUGGAUAAUGAUCCAGAAACAUUCCUAAAUAGAGCAGUCGACUGCCAUCUUAGUUUCCUGGUGUCUAGAGCCUCACUAACUGCAGAAGAGAGAAAACAGCUGGAAGAGUCUGGAGUUAUUCUCCUGGAUGAACUCAGGAGAGGAACAUGGUCAGACUCGGAGGGAGAGAGAAUUUGUCGAGCUGUUUAUAGGUUUGCUAAGAAUAGGAUGCAAAACAUUAAUGCCUCAGUUCUAGAGGAGGCCAGUAACCAGAUGAAGCUACUGGAGAAUAUAAAGAAGGAGUUUAGGUUGACCAGAAUUCUACUCGGACAGAUAUUUGAUCAGGUUGCUGGAGUAGAUGAACUCAAUAUGUCCAGAUUAAGAUUGAGACUAAGAUAUGACGAUGAACCAUUUACACCUGAAGGCAGCCUAAAGAAGAAGAAGGAAGGAACAGACUUUGCAACCAGGGUUAAAGAGAAGAUUGAAACUAUUUAUAUUCUGGAGAAACAUGAACUGGAUUCACAAAGGCUAAAACUUGUAGCAGAGAAAGUGACAAGUAAAAACGAGAUGAAGAGAAAACUAGGACAGCUUCUUUACUUAAAGAAUCUUCAGGGAUCUGAGUAUGGAAAGAAGGGGGGACACAACCCUGAACCGUGUCCCAUUUGUCAGAAAGAUCUUGGAACACAGUGGAGUGUUCUACAGUGCGGACACUGCUACUGUGUUGAGUGUAUACGACUGCUUCUUGAUGAGUACGGUACCGGACGCGGCACUAAAUGUGCAGUUUGUCGAAGUUUGACUGCUCGCGCUGAAAUCUCCUAUGUUUCAACAAAGAAUAACGACGAGGCAGAUAAUCUAGAUCUAGAGGAUGUAAAAGGAAGCCAUUCCACUAAAAUAGAAGCAGUUGUAAGGGCGCUGGUCAGGAUUAGGUCUGAGGAUGAGCAUGCUAAAGCAUUGGUAUUCUCUACAUGGCCAGAUGUCUUGGAUAUUCUUGGAGCAGCUUUGGAUGAAAAUGAUAUUCCUUAUGCAGCUCUUCACUCCACCAAUAGUUCUAAACAGUCGGAGUUUAAAAGAAACAUUCAGAAGUUCAAGAAUCGCCAAGAUGUGAAAGUUCUUCUUCUUCCUGUAAGUCGAGGAGCAAACGGACUUAAUCUAGUUGAAGCUAAUCAUGUUCUUCUGGUUGAACCUAUUCUUAAUCCAGCUCAGGAAUUACAAGCUAUUGGCAGAAUUCACAGAAUAGGACAGAAGAAAUCAACAGUAGUUCACAGGUUUCUAGUUCGAACUACAAUAGAAGAGAGGAUACAUCAGAUGCUGAAGCAUUAUUACAGUCAACAGCAGAACCAGGAUAUAGGGGGACACUCUACAGAGGAGAACCUACUCACUAUACAGGAUUUGCGUCUGCUAUUCAAUGAUGAUUUUGAUCAAACCCUUGAACAGAACGAUGAGUCUGUUACCCUGCCGACUUCAGCUGAAUCGGUAACCACACCAACUUCACCUGAAUCUGUAACUACGCCCAGCUCAGCAACAUCUGACCAUGAUGCAGUUUUAACCACAUCAAUCUCAGAUAACAUCCCGUCCUCUUCAAUUAGCUCAACAAUGCCUAUCUGUACUGAACCUAAAACCGAAUCAGAAUCCGAACUUCCGGUCGACGCAUCGGCAGGAGAUUCCCAGUCGCAUAUAGUACAAGAAGAAAAUGCGGCAGACGAGUUUUUUACUGAAAAUGAUGAAGUUCUGGCAUUGGAUUGAUCAGUAUAACAGAACCAACAAAUCCAAAUCUCAGUAUAGUGUACUAGAUUUUUUCUUGAAAAGGGGAUAGUGGAGUUGACACAUUUGAAGGUCAAACACUGGAUUUGUUGCUGCUACUGUAUUCCUGGGGUUCCUAGCUUUCGUUUGAUAUUCAUUAAGUC